AUGUGCUGCACCAGGCCGCCUCAUGCUUCAGCCACUGCGAUAUUCGAGAUAUCACGAUACAUGUAUAUUUGUAAUGCACUACUCAUAAGGUUGCUGAAAAUUCGCCGACAGCCCAUGACCGGUUUCGCCUUUCUGUCUCGGGCUCAUCAGGUAGUGCCUAGUGCCGGAGAAAAAAGGCUCACAGAAGGGAACACAAUAACUAUAUUCCGAACAAGCGAGUGCGAGAGCAAAAGUUACAGCGGCCCCACGCUAUUUAAAAGGGACUUUCUGACAUUGAUACAGGCUGUCUGA